AUGGGAUAUCAUACUCUUCAAGACUGUAAGAUUGUGCCUCCAAACAUCUCGGAAGAGUUUUCGAACGGCGAUCUUGUCUGUGCGGACUGUGGCCUUGUGUUAGGAGAUCGAAUCGUCGAUACUCGGUCCGAAUGGCGUACAUUCGCAAACGAUGAGGGUGACGACCCCUCGCGUGUCGGUUCUGCUGCGAACCCCUUGCUCAAUGGACCUCAGCUAGAUACAGUCAUCUCGCAGAGAGAUGGAGGCUCGGGUGCAGCGAGGGAGUUGAACAGAACUCACGGCCGCGUUACCGCUGUAAAGGGUGAAAGGAACUUGCUUCAGGCAUACAAGGAUAUUUCGGCCAUGUGUGAAGCCAUUGGAUUGCCCAAGCUCAUUGCCGAUAUCGCAAAGCAGCUGUUUAAGAGAGUUGAGGAUGAAAAGCUCCUGAGAGGCAAACCCAAUGAAAGUAUCAUUGCUGCUUGUAUCUUUAUUGCAUGUCGACAAGAGGGUGUCCCGCGUACUUUCAAGGAGAUCUGUACGCUGACUCAGGUUCCCAAGAAGGAGAUUGGCCGCUGCUUCAAGGCCUUGAACGACGCAUUCCACGAGACAAAGGUUCAGACGAUGACCUCGGAGGAUCUGAUGGCGCGUUUCUGCAAUAACUUGGGCUUGAACAUGGAGAUCCAGAAGGCAGCAGUGGAGCUGACCAAGAAGGCCAAGGAAAUUGGAACACUCGCCGGAAAGUCCCCAGUCUCGAUCGCAGCAGCCUGCAUCUACAUGGCUUCGACUUUGUACAAGGAGGACCGGAACACACGGGACAUUUCCCUGGUCUGUGGUGUAUCUGAGGUUACGAUCAAGAAUGCAUACAAGCAUCUCUACAACGAACGGGCACGUCUGGUUGACGAUCGGAUCACAGCCAAGUUGAUCGAUAACCUGCCCUCGCCCUAA